AUGAGUAGCCCUUCAAGCCUCUGUGUAUGUCAGCUAGCGCAGACGGUGCCCGCCUGGUGUAACGCUCUCGAUGGUCUCUACCCAGGAUAUACUUGCCAAGAUCAGCUUCUAUGCGGCUACACGUCGGGCAAUUGCAAACAGGAAAACUACUCGGCAUUGCUAGAAAAACUGAACAAUGAUCCAGCGCGAGAAGCCGAACACGUCUAUGCCAUGUGGAGUGAUGUGGAUGAAGUGCUUCUGUUCCGUGGAAUGACAUGGGGCAAACCAACGUCGAGAAUACCGGGGAUGAAUGGCCGAUGGGUUUCCGAUCGGAACGGCCACGUCGCCAUGAAAGAUCUCACUGAACUGCGCCAAUACGAAGCCGUUGUUCACCACUCCAUCUAG